GAGCGACGAACGGCGAGAUGGUGAACCCCCCCCCCCCCAUCCGCUAUACCGGAACUUCGGGGGAACAAUGGCGCAUCUGCGUUUUAAUACUAUUUUUAGAUCUUUUUAAACAAGUUACAGAUAACUAGUUAAUGGUGACUCAUACAUGACGUCGGUGGAUGUUGUAUUAAGCGUGCACUGAAUGUAACGGGGCGCCUGUUGAUUUGUAUUAAAUUAAAUUAAAUUGAAGAUAUAUAUAUAUAUAUGCGGUGGAUGUCAGACGAGGACGUCUCUAUCCUAAUUAAAAUGUGUUUAAAAAAAUAUAUAAAAAUAGAUACAGAAUCAAAUAUGAGACGCUAACUGACUCCAGCUACGGAAGAUCGGUCUAACUGCCUGACGGAAUUUUAACGUAGCCGGAAGUUGGUAACGGGGAACUAUCUUGCCGUGCGCCGAGUGGGACCAUCACGCUGCUGUGUUGACUUUCUGCUAACUAGCUCAGAGCGAAUUCAGUAAAGUAAACACGGUGUUUUAAAAAAAAAAUUAGUUGGCCAUUUUCACGAGGUGCACGCACAUUUUAAUACCGAGACUUAAAACGCACUUAAAGCCUGACGUGUGUUGCCAGGUCCGGUUAUACGAGUUAGAUUUCAAGGCUAACGUUACUUUUCCAAGGAUGCAGGUACAGAAGGUCGUCCUCAACUCACGACCGGGUAAUGACGGGGCGCCGGUUCCUGGAAACUUCCGUCUCGAGGAGACGACUUUGGCACCUGACCUGAAAGAUGGGGAGGUCCUUGUUCGGACGCUUUGCCUAUCAGUCGACCCUUACAUGCGAUGCAGAAUGAAUGAAGACACCGGCGUUGAUUACGUGACUCCAUGGCAACUGUCUGAGUGUGUGGACGGCGGAGGCGUCGGCGUGGUCGAGUCCAGCCUCUGCAGCACCUGCAGCGAGGGAGACGUGGUCACUUCCUUCAACUGGCCUUGGCAGACCAACGCUGUCGUGAAAGGAAGUGCCUUGCAGAAGGUUGAUCCGCAGAUGGUCGACGGGCGCUUGUCCUACUUUUUGGGUGCGGUUGGCAUCACGGGCCUCACUGCUCUGUUGGGCGUAAGGGAGAAGGGUAAUGUGACCAAAGGGGCCAAUCAGACCAUGGUGGUGAGCGGCGCGGCCGGGGCCUGUGGCUCCGUAGCCGGACAGAUCGGCAGGCUGGACGGCUGCGUGAGAGUGGUCGGGAUCUGCGGUUCGGACGAGAAGUGCAAAGCUCUGGUGGACGAACUGGGCUUUUCUGCAGCCAUCAACUACCGCCGAGAGGACGUCCCCACAAGGCUCAAGGAGUGCUGCCCCGAUGGGAUAGAUGUGUACUUUGACAACGUGGGAGGUGCCAUCAGUGAUGCUGUAAUCACACAGAUGAACGCCGACAGCCAUGUGGUCCUGUGUGGGCAGAUCUCACAGUACAACAAGGACGUGCCGUAUCCUCCGCCCCUGAGCGACGAGAUAACGGAAACGCUGCGACGGCGGAACGUCACGCGGGAGCGAUUUACGGUGCUCAACUACAUGAACAAAGCCGAAGCGUCCCUCUGUGAACUCGGCCAGCUGGUUCAAUCGGGCCAAAUCAAUGUGCUGGAAACUGUCGUUAAUGGCAUUGAAAAUAUGGGAGAUGCAUUUUGCUCCAUGAUGACAGGGGGAAACAUUGGCAAGCAAAUUAUAAAGAUAUCGGAGUGAAAGAAAAUCCUCCUGUUCUCACCUGGAAGGCGCCUUGGGGAAAUUAAACCUCCAGUUUCUAUCACUGCUAUUAGCUCUAACUGAAUAAACUCAAAUGAGAUAUUGCAUUAAUUAGCCGAUACCAGUCGAUUGCAAUUAUGAACCAUGAAUGAAAAAAGUCACACAAUCUUCGUUUGAAAUUAAUAAAUGUAAAGAGCGCUCGGAGGUUAUAACUCUGGAAUUUUAAUACUUGUUGAUGUAGACUUUUGGAUAUUGGUGCUGCAGUUUAAUAAUGUAGAGGACAAUAUUGUAAUAUUACCUCAUGAUAUUAACCGCCUUUCUAAAUUGCAACAGUACAGUCAUGGUUUUUAAAUCUUCCAGUGGAGAAAACAACAAUAAUUAAUAAUGCCGCAAUAAGAAAUCAGCAGAUGUUUUAUUGUAUGGAGCCCCAAAAAGACAAAAUACUGUAAGUGUAAUAAUUAAAAUGGAGUUUCAAAGGAAAAGAGUUGAAAAGAACAAUGGAGAAAACUGUCAAGUUAGCUUUGAACUGAAAACACGUAGCAACUAGCUAGCAAGCUAAUAAUAAUAAUAACCCAAGUUAGCUAGCUAAGCUAACACUACUUUGAAGACGCUUCCACCUUUUUAUAACGUCAUUGUUAUCCUAAAGUAAUGUUACAUUCCUAUUAUCUUCACAAUGGAAACAAUACUUUGGACUUCUAUUGUGUAGAUGUGAUUUUUUUUUAAAACUAAAUAAAAUAUCUUGAAGUAGCUUAACUAGCUAACGGUGUGCACUAGCCGGCUGGCUAAAGUGCUCGAGGAGUUUAUCCUGAGCAGCAGAAUGCACAUAAUUAACAUCACAGGUUAAGUUUUAGGAAGAAAACCACUUUAUUGCGUCGUCCCUGUGUAGACGUGACCUGAUGUCUUCCUUUUCAUCCUGUUAAACUUGUGAUUGCAAAGCAGCAUCAGCUUAAAGUUUAAGUCAUUUUGUUUGCAUGAGCUACAAAGACAAGAGCAAAGCUUUCGCACUACAGACGAUAAACUUGUUUGGGAAGAGCUUUAACUGGCAGGAAAGACGACUUCAUGUUUCAGUUAAGCUACGUGCCAAUAGCAAACUCUUUAAAUGUGUACCAACAUCAAACAAAAAGAAUGAAUAGUGCAGCUGAAAUAUAAAGCCUAUCUUUUUAUUUAUCAACGACAGCUUUUAUUUUCUUAUUCUGGUUCACUCCCUUUUUGUAACAUCGUGUGACAACAUGAAGACAAACGCAACGUAUAUGAUUUACUGUAAUGAACAUUUUAUUCCACGGCACUAUAAACCAUUAAUAAAAUAAUUUUUAAAAAGUG